AUGUUUGGUAAUGUGUGUCUCAGUCCAUUUACAAAUGGAAUCACGAUGGUCUCAUGUUUUCUUUUUGGUGUAUGUUAUAUAGGGUUAUACAACUCCUUGAUUCAUGCGGAUGUUGGGUUCAUGGUAGGUAUCUUUGAGUUGAUUGAUGGGAUAGGUGGCGUGACUUUUGCGAUAGUUUUUGUGGUCUUAUCAUUCACUCCGAACUUUCCAUUUUAUUACCGGACUUUAGGGUUAGUCAACCAAGUCCUUAAUUUGGUGUUGUCCGCUUUAUAUGUCAUUUUGUCGUGUUGUCUUCGACUCAAUUCCGAUGAGAAAUAUAAUGAAAGUUAUGGUUUAUACUUAUUGCCCGUAGCUAUCAUUAAUUGUAUCCUUCCUGCUACAAAUUUUGUGGUCUUCUUCAACUUAAGUUAUUCUCUCUCUGCUUUACAUACAACGUGUUAUAUAACUGGAAUGGCUUUUAGUGGGGUGAUAUCCUCAUUCUUGUCGUUACUCAUUUCACAAUUGGUAACUAAAGACAGUAGCACUGGUUCUAUAGAAAACGACUUAUCAUUUCUUACUCCUCUUAUUAUAUUAGUGAUAAGCGCAGUCACUUUAGUCUUAACAAUCAUCAACUUUUACGGAUUUCAUGACGUCGCCAAUUUCUUGGUGUCACAAAAGAUCGUACACACAACAGACUACCUCAUUUUGAAUGACAACGAGAAGCCCACCAAUUAUCCUGUUCUCAGAAUGUUUUGGGGAAUUCUGACAGAGAUGAAGUUCUCUCUCUUGUCACUCACAUUCAUCUUUUUCACGACUCUCUCGUUAUACCCCCACUUCUUAAAUGCAGUCGAACACCUCUAUUUGAAACUUCAAAGUAGCGAAAAUGAGGAAUAUUUCAUGUUAAUUAGUAUCUGCUCUUUACUCUUUGCUAUUGGAGACACCCUCGGCAGGUUGCUUGAGAUCUUUCAAAAGAUUCCAACACAGAAAUUCGUCUUUUUCUGUUCUAUUGGGUAUUUGUUAAUCAGUUACUUUGUGACUCUCCCAAUGUAUUUCAUCGUAAAUACAUUAAAUACAGACGUUGCGGUGUAUGUCGAGUACGCAACAUUUGUUGUCGCAUUUGUGUUAGGUGCCAUUCAAGGAUUUUUAAUGGCGUGUUCCAUUGAACACUCUUCGAGUAAUGUCGAACCGCGGCUCUCCGUCGCAUUAGUUUGCCUUGCGAUAUACAUUGGAGUCUUUUCAGGGGUUAUCGUGCAAAUAUCUCUGGGCUAUAUAGACACCAAUCUCAUCGCAUGA